GGUGGGUGAGCACGGCACCAAACCAGGUCAGCCACGCUCACCGGAACGACGCAACUAUUCUCCACCCGUUCCCCAAGCACCAGCGGCGCCACCACACCACCACCCAUGGCUCUGGCGGCGGCGAGAUCCGGCCUCCGGUCGCUGGCGCCGCGCGCCGCGCCGGCCAGGCGCCGCAUGUCCUCCUCCGUCCACGACGACGCCUAUGAGACGGCCAAGUGGGAGAAGAUCACCUACGCCGGGAUCGUGACCUGCACCCUCCUGGCGGCGUACAACCUCUCCAAGGGCCACCCCCAUUUCGACGAGCCGCCGGCGUACCCAUAUCUGCACAUCCGCAACAAGGAGUUCCCCUGGGGACCUGAUGGCCUCUUUGAGAAGAAGGACCACCAUUAAGCAUGAAUAACAACACACUGUCAGGAGUCAUGCAUGUCUUAAAGAUUAUCUGGUUGUUCCAGUGUUUUUCUUUUCUAUUGAAACCUGUUUGCUGCAACAAGAAAUAAGAAUGACAAAACUCUUGUGUUGACUGUCAGGUCGUAACUGUGUCGUUAGCUGAACAAUACCUGUCUUUGAUUUCUUUGCUGUCCCAUCCGCAUUAAAGAUCACACGCAAGUUUGUCUUGCCCAGUUUCAGGAAACCAUGUCACUGUUAUCAAAAAGCUUGCUAUUAUAUUCUGAUUGCUUCA